UGACCAAUUGUUAGCACAAGAUAAAAUAAUGCCCGGUUCAUUUCCUCCAAAUAAUGACAAUUUCAGCAAUGGUUUUCCAGCGCCAGUCGAAAGGUUUCUUCAAUCACAAAAUCGGCGUAAAUUUAGUUUUCCAGCAACCAUACAUUCCACAUCACUGCUCGAGGUCAACCAAAACUCAGCGCGCAGAAGGUUGAGCAAUGUAAGUGAUGUUGUAACGCGAAAAUUAUCUUAUACCAUAGGUUGGAAGGCAGCACAAAUACCCGCUCAGGACAUUAUAAACCAGGGUCGUUGCAUUUGUGGACAAUAUAUAAAAAGACGUCUUAGACGUUCUGGAUUAUUUAACAAAAAGCUGGGACUGCAAAGAAUACGUAGCAUAUUGGGUACUUCUUCAAUGAAUAUAGUACGAGAUGUAUUUCCAGCUGUAAUGGUGCUUGGCGAUGAAUUGGAACGCAUGCAUCCACGCGUUUAUACCGGCGUAGCUCGCCAAAUUUGUCGAACACCAACUGGUGAAUUUUCGGUUGAUACCUUAACUUUAGUUUUGAGCACUGUGGCAAGAGAUCUCUUUCGUACUGAUAUUACCUGGAGUAAAAUUAUUUCUUUAUUUGCUAUAGCGGGCGGACUUUCGGUAGACUGCGUACGGCAAGGUCAUUCAGAAUAUUUAAAUAAAUUAAUGCAAAGUGUAUCCGAUGUAAUUGAAGAUGAGUUAGUGCCUUGGAUAAAUGAAAAUGGCGGUUGGAAUGGCAUCAAUACACAUGUUCAUCCAAACAACAAUAGUCUGAACUCUUUGGAAUGGACCACACUUGUUAUUGGCUGUAGCUUCGGAUUAUUUUUAUUAUUUUUACUAAUAAGGUUUAUUAUCAUAUUUUUGAUACCUGAAAAACGUAUGCCUUCACCGCAGCCAGCCAGAUUGCGACCAAAAACAAAAUCGGCAUCAUUAGACCAGGAUAGGUUUUUACAAAAUCGUAAAUCUUCAGAAUGGAAACUACACGCUCAAACUUCAUUAACCCGUGCACCAUCAACUUCAUCACUAGCAAGCACAGUAACGGCAGGCAACUAUCAAGAAUAUAAAAUGGAGAUCAUAAAUCAGGGCAAAUGUCUUUGCGGGCAAUACAUACGAGCGCGUCUUAGACGGGCUGGAGUACUCAAUAGAAAGGCAACACAACGUUUACGUUCCAUAUUGGAGCCUUCCUCAGAUAUUGUAUAUGAAGUGUUUCCAGCCUUAAAUAGUAUGGGUGAAGAGCUGGAACGUAUGCAUCCACGCGUUUAUACCAAUGUCUCGCGGCAAUUAUCCCGUGCACCAUUUGGUGAACUGGAAGACAGUGAUACAGCGCCUAUGCUGUUAAAUUUAGUGGCCAAAGAUCUCUUUCGUUCAAGCGUAACAUGGGGCAAAAUAAUAUCGAUAUUUGCCGUUUGUGGUGGUUUUGCCAUCGACUGUGUAAGGCAGGGUCAUUACGAUUAUUUACAAUUUUUAGUUGAUGGCAUGGCUGAAAUAAUCGAAGAUGAUCUGGCAUAUUGGCUAGCGGAUAAUGGUGGUUGGUUGGGCUUACAACGUCAUAUACGUCCACAGGUUGGGCAAUUUACCUUUCUCGGUUGGUUGUCGUUGUUCGUGGCUGUGUCUUCGGGCGUAUAUGUUAUCUCAAAUUUUAUUAAGCAUAUUGGUUGCCAUUUGUAUUCAUUGUUAUUUUAAUGAGUAGUCAAUUUAUAUUUAAAUUUUAUUUAGUUU